AUGGAUGAGAUUUGCGCCAUUUUAAAGGAGUAUUUAGAUACAGAACUAGAGAGUAAUAACAUAAUAAAUUUAUUCAAAGAAUACAGCGCUAGCACGAAAGAUAAAACAGAAGUUCACGCUAAACUCAAAGAACUGAACUAUUCUAAAAUGAUGGCAUUUGAUGCUAAUGGUUUGUACGCCUCUGCUAUGACAGAAGGUGAAUAUCCAAAAGCUGAAAGUGCAAGAGCGUUUCUACCAGAAGAAAAUAAAGAAUUUGUUAAGCUCUUUAAUGAACAGAAAUUCAGACCUAGAACUGCUAUUUUAAAAGUCUGGUUUGAAUAUCCCAAAAACAUGUUCUUCCAACCGAUACCAGCUAAAGAUAAAAUCACUUUCAAGAAUAGAAUAGGUAAAAAGGAAACUGGCACUAAAAUCAGGUUCAGAAAUGGUUUCUGUCACGACGUUUUAACAUCGGUCGAUAUUCAAGAAAUAGUGAGAGCUGGUGGACGAAUUAUUAAAAUAUUAGAUGGCAUUUCGUUGUAUGGUAAAUCUAUUCAGAGGGAUAGAAAUACCUCAUUGCAUUUAUGGAAUGAAGAAACCUUCCGCCUUAAUUACGACAAACACGUCAAGAAGUAUGACAAACUCAAUGAGACUCAAUACAUUGUGGAGAUUAAUGACGAAGAAAAAGAGUUUGUUCCUCCUAAGGAUUCUACAAGAUUAACACCCACGCAUUUAGGUACAUUUAUAUUAUCUCACAGUAAAAAAAUAAUGAAUAAUUUUAUUCACAUGAUAGAUGGAUUUUAUAAACCGGAAAUAUACUAUACGGAUACCGAUAGUUUAUACAUUUCGUCUAGCAAUUGGGAUAAAUUAAAUGAAGCUGGGUUGGUGUCCGAAAAUGAUUAUUGUAAAGGAAAGAAUGAUUAUGGUGAUGGUGGAAUUAUAUUUGGUUUAUAUUUAGCGCCAAAAGUUAAAUACGAUAUCAUUCUAACUUCCGAUAGUGUUUUAAAAGAAAAGAAAAGAAAACGUUUAAGAGAUACUCUAACUAUAAGAUUAAGGUAG